AUGGGAUGGAGAAGAAAUCAACAUCAUCAACAGCAGCAAGAACAAGAACGACGAAAGCAGGAGGAGAAUAAGACGAAGAAGACUAAGAAGAAGAAGAAGAAGAAGAAGAAGCUGAACUCGACUUCCUCGAGCUUUUCUUUCUCCAGCGUUCUUCCUUUCUCUUGGCUCGCUAAACUCAAGCCCAAGAGAAGAACCGCACCCGUUGUCGUGCCACCUGGCGCCGUCUUCACCCCUCCGCCUUCUCCUUCCCCGCCUGAUCCCCAGCUCGAUCCCCUCGCCUACUGCUCCGCCGCCCCCGGCCGCCUCUCCGUUGGGGAGGAUGGCGGUGGCUCCCGACCGAGGAUCACUCCCGCGGCGGCGCGCCAGCGGUCCGCCCGGCACCACUCGGUGGGCGAUCUCGAGAUCACCCUUGGCCACAUCAUCCCGUUCUCCCGGCGGUCCACGAGGCGGUGGGUCGAGUCGGACUCCGGGAGCGACGCGUCGGGGUGCGAUCUCGGCCUCGGCCGGCGCCCCCCGCGGCCGCGGCGGAGCACGAGGACCACGGUGGUAUAUACUUCGGAUCAGCGGGUCGACACCGAUGGCAGGGAUGGGCUCCCACGGCGAUCGUUCGGCGGGAAGAUCCAGCAUAGAGCCAAGGUUAGGGUACGCUCGCCGCGCGCGGCAGCGGCAAAGGCGGAGGUGGAGAGGAUGAAGGCGGCUGCGAGGAGGGCGGAGGGGAAGAGGAAGGGCUUGGAGAGGUUCGCGGUCGUGAAGUGCUCGCGCGACCCGCAGAGGGACUUCAGGGAGUCGAUGGUGGAGAUGAUACGGCAGAAAGGGAUCGGACGGCCGGAAGAGAUGGAGAGACUGCUCGCGUGCUACCUCUCCCUCAACUCCGACGAGCACCACGACGUCAUCGUCAAAGUGUUCCGCCAGGUCUCGUUCGAGUUGAGCCAGAGUCCAAUUGACGGCAUUGAUGGAUCCAGUGACCAAUGUUGA